GAGAUCAUGGCUACAAACAACAUCUCAUGUCCGAUUUCAUCCAAUUCACGCUCUAAAUUGAAUGCCUUCCUUUACAAUGACCAGAAGGUUAUUCCCGGAAAAAUGAACUCGGAGGAUGAGACGAAAGCCUAUGUGAAUAAGGAGAACCAAAGCUCGUGGUUGAAUGGCGUGGUUGAACCAAUCAAGGCAGUAUCAAACCAGACAGAUCCUCUUUCUUUGGCAGCGCCAGCAAGGGAAUCAAGACAGGUUAAAGAAUGCCCACACACUCCCGGAAACCGCAUACCUCUUGCAGAUCUGAUCAGCAACGCCGAAGAUGCCUUCGAUCCUGCCCCCGGUCCAGAAGUGACACCCGUUGAUCAUGUCAUCUGGCAGCACGUCCCCGCGAGCUCCAACCCUGAUAUCUCGCCAGAUCGCCGGAGAAAGAGGCGCCAUAGUGCGUCAUCCACCAGCUCUCCCUCGAACGGCAAUUCCAAGAAACUUCAGAAAGAACCUCUCGACCUUCAGUCUAUCCAGGCCUUGUUGAAAACUCCUCAACAUGACCUAGCUGCCGAGCUAUGGAAUAAUUAUGUGGAUAAGAACAUGGUGGACGGCUCUGAAGAACAGCUUCCACCACCUCGCCUGGCAAAUCUCUCCUCUUCUCCCCAAACGCCAGUUUCUGGGAAAACAAGCCGAGACUCAUCAGGCCUAAGACGCUCGGUCAGUUGUGUCACUGAAUGGCCUACGUCCCGUACAAAGAGAAGACGUCAGAAUCCUGGCCCCGGUCGAGGUAUUUUCUCGCGCGCGAAUAGCAAUAUCUUAGAUUCAGGCAAGAAGUCAUCGAGGAUCAACUCUUUGCUCGAAAAAAUUGAGAAGAGCCUGCACCCGGCACAGAAUAAUGAAAUAGCUCCGCCCAAUUCGUCUCCUCUGCGCCACCGUGUCGACGUACAACAAUGUCGCUCAAGGUCUCCUACUAACAGAGAAGACCUCGAUAAGAAUGCCGCAAUACAAGAAAUGCUUCGACAGCCCUCUGUCCACAACGAUGGAAAUUAUCGGAUGGACACAAUUCAAGAAUCAUCAUCUGACUUCGGCGACGAUGAUCUCGAUCAAGAUCUACUGGUUUUAGCCGAAGCCACAGAAGACCCGUUCAUUGUUGCGCCGGCAGGUAGUCAUAACGAGUUUGAAUCUGUAGGGUCCUCUACUUGGUCAAAUUUGGGCGCGAAAAAGCUACAAUCGAGUCACUUCAAACAGCCACCAACCGUCGAUGAUAACCCACCCGUGCAAGAUAAUUUAAAUGACGAAACGAAAACCGAUGAUACAGACGAUUUUGAUGACGAAUUUGGAGACCUCGAUAAUUUCGAGGAGAUUCUCGCGGAGUGUGAGGGGAAGUCGGGAACGAUCGAUUUAUCAAUCCCAGUCCCUACGGAGCAGCAUGCUGUGGAAAAUUUGGGACCAGUUCCUGCUAAUCCAAAUGCGGGAACAGUCAAUAAAUUGCCUACCAAUGAUGCGGGGGAGUCAUUCUCUGAAGAUGAAUUCGACGAUGAUUUUGAUUUGGAGGCCAUUGAGCAGACCAUGAAACAGUCUGAUGAAGAUGGAGCAUAUAACUUGAAAGGUCGACAAGCAAUCAAACGGUAUCAAGUUGUUGACUUGGCAAACAGUACCUAUGUCACAUCUAAAGGACGUAUGCAGCCCGAACAAGUUCUGUCAGUAGAAGAUGAAAAAACUAGAUCUCGCAAGAUCAUCAUUCUACGCGAGUCCUGGUGUGACACUCCUUGCAGCAAAGAUUCAUUUAUCCACUUGGUUGGGGAUUUCGAUACAUUGGGCCAGUGUGUCGUGGACAACUCCAAAAACAUGCUCAUUCUUCAUCCCGAUCAUUUGGUCUCUGCUACAGUUGUGGCUGACUCGAUUGACUGUCAGCGCCGAGCUGUUCUUCAGGACCGUGUCAAGGCCUUUGGUAGCAUUGAGAAACCACAAGCCUUUGGAAUAUUCUUCCACGAAAUCUUCCAGGAGGCUCUCAAGGCCAAUGUUUGGGAUACAACAUCCCUGAGAACACUGGUCCAGACUGUUAUUCGAAGACACAUCGAAGACUUAUACUCAAUUGAAAUGAGUGUACCCGAAGCUGUAGAUGAAGUGAUGGGAAAGAUCCCCAUCGUACAAGCUUGGGCAGAUAAAUUUCUUCAUGAAAAACCACGGGCUGAUUCUUUGGUCGAAGACCGCAAUGGCUCUAAACUCAAUAUGAGCAUCACGAAAUUGCUUGAGGUAGAAGAGCAUGUAUGGUCGCCAAUGUAUGGCCUCAAGGGCAACAUUGAUGCCACAGUCCAAGUCGCAUGCCGUGAUGAGGAUGGCGAGAAAAACCUUGUCGUUCCUCUUGAGUUGAAGACCGGAAAGCGGGAUACAAACCAGGCGCACAGGGCUCAGACAGCUCUAUACACUCUUUUGCUCUCAGAUCGCUAUGAUGUUGAUGUGACUUUCGGCAUCUUGUAUUACAUUGCGAAUUCUAGAACCCUCAGUAUAAGAGGUAUCCGACAUGAACUUCUUCAAAUGAUUCAAGUGCGAAACCGAUUAGUGGAGUUCAUUCGAGAGCGGAGACUGCUCCCCCCGAUGCUCAAGAAGGCACGCAUGUGCAAAAAUUGCUACGCUAAGACUCCUUGUCUCAUCUACCACAAAUUGAUAGAGGAAGGGAACGGUGAAAGUAGCGGCCUCGGUGAUGAUUUUGAUAUUGCUACGGGUCACUUAACACAGCGUGAUAAAGAGUUCUUCGGGAAAUGGGAUGAACUUCUCACCAAAGAAGAAGGGAACUUGGUCAAAUUUCGACGAGAGCUGUGGACACUUCUGAGCAGUGAGCGUGAAAUCCUAGGUCGCUGCUUUGGAGAUGUUGUGAUUGACCCACGAUACGUUUCAGAAGAAACCAGAGAUACUACCAAAAUCAAUCGAUUCCGUUACACGAUGCAUAAACGCAAAGCGCCUGCCAAUUUCUCGUUUCUGGAAUCGCAGGUCUCUGUUGGUGAGCCCAUUGUUGUUUCGGACGAAAAGGGCCACUUUGCGCUAGCCAACGGCUAUGUUCUGCAAGUCAGUAGAACCCACAUCACCAUCGGUGUGGAUCGAAAACUGCACAAGUCCAGAUCGCGGAUAGCUGGAUUUGAUGCAGGGACGAAUCAGUCAUUCAAUGGCAUCAUGCAAUUUGGGACACAGGAAAUCUCACCUCUCGAAAAUCCAUACGAGCAGACUGUUUACCGAAUCGACAAGGACGAGUUCAGUAACGGUAUGGCCCUAGUUAGAAACAACCUUGUUUGCACAAUGGACAAGGACCUGUUCCAAGCGCAGCAUCUCCGACGUCUUAUCAUCCAGCUUCAACCGCCUAAGUUCAAGUUACCAUCCUCUAUAGCUUCAGACCCAGGCAGCCUGAAUGUUGAUCAGAAACUGGCCAUUGAGAAAGUCAUGGCUGCUGAAGACUACGCUUUAGUUCUAGGUAUGCCGGGAACUGGCAAGACUACCACCAUUGCCCAUCUCAUCCGGGCACUUGUUGCACAAGGCAAGAGUGUAAUUCUCACAUCUUACACUCACACUGCAGUUGACAACAUCUUACUGAAAAUUCGUGAUGAUAACAUCCACAUCCUACGAAUUGGUGCAACGACCAAGAUCCAUCCUGAAGUGCAGCAGUUUGCAGACCUUGCAGCGACUCCCAAACACACUAUCGAAGAACUCAAGGACUCGUAUGAAAAACCACAGGUCGUAGCUACAACCUGCCUGGGCAUCAACCAUGACAUUUUCAAUAGGCGGAUCUUUGAUUAUUGCAUUGUCGACGAAGCUUCACAGAUCACCCUCCCUGUCUGCUUGGGCCCUGUUCGUAUGGCAAGGACCUUCAUUCUGGUGGGUGAUCAUUACCAACUUCCUCCGCUGGUACAAAACAGAGAAGCCCAAGCGGGUGGACUUGAUGUCAGUCUUUUCAAAUUGCUUUCCGAUGCUCAACCUGACUCAGUCGUGAACCUCGAACACCAAUACCGCAUGUGCGAAGAAAUCAUGCUGCUUUCCAACACCCUUAUCUACUCUGGUCGUCUCAAGUGUGGCACCCCAGAAGUCGCAGCUCGCUCACUUGAGAUUCCCAACAUCGCUGCUCUCAAGCAAUUCCAUACCGAUUUUUCCACUGCCUCUCAUCCCAAUCAGAAAGCUUGUUCGGGAGAUGGACACGGCUGUUGUUGGCUGAAAGAUGUACUCGAGCCAUCUAACAAAACGCUUCUGGUGAACACCGAUCCUCUUGGGACUCCGGCUCUCGAAACUGCACAGGGACAGCGCGUCGUCAAUCAUUUGGAGGUAACGCUUUGCUCUCAAAUGGUUGAGUCUUUCACUGCCUGUGGAAUUCCCGCCCGCAACAUUGGUGUCAUCACUUUCUACAGAAGCCAACUCUCACUCCUUCGCCAAAGUCUCCGCCACUUUUCUCCAGAACUUGAGAUCCACACAACGGACAAAUUCCAAGGCCGUGACAAAGAAGUCGUAAUCCUCAGCUGUGUUCGCAGCAACGCCGAAAAUCACGUUGGAGAACUUCUCCGCGAUUGGCGUCGAGUGAAUGUCGCAUUUACUCGCGCUCGAACCAAGCUUCUCGUCGUUGGCAGUCGAUCUACUCUCCGCGAUGGAAACGAACUUCUUUGCAAAUACGUCCGUUUGGUCGAAGGCAAGGGCUGGGUAUACAAUCUACCGUCUGAAGCUACCGAUAACCAUGUUUUCCAAUCGCCUUCACUAGAUUCUUCACAAAUGCCAUUUCAGUCACCAGUAGUGAAAGGCAAGAAGAGUCCCGGGAUUGAGAAGGCGGCCACUGCUCGUCAGCCACUCAGCCCUCUGGGGUCUCGACAACCUAGACCAGGUCUCAAGCAACCAGCGAAGAUGGGUGCAAAUCUGUUCAACGGCAAGAAGAUUCUUGGAAACAGACCCAUUCUUCAAGACCUGAUGAAUGAUAUUGUGGGCUAG